CGAUGCUCAAUCCGUCCCUCUGGGCUGGGGCUGUGCUGAGGGAGGAUACUUGAGGAGAUGCAACAGAUCUCAAACCCAACAAACUGCCAUCGACUCAUCCUUCUCCUUCAACACAGACUGAACACAAAACCAUGGAGGACUUUUAUCACGCAGGUUGAAGACGAUCUUGGUGAUCGCGAUCAGUGCAUUUCUUAAAACUUGGACACAUCCAGUAGGUAGCCUAUUUAGAGGCAAUGCAAACGCAGAUUGUCAGAUCAUUAAGACGUUGUCUGGAGACGACCCGAAGUUUCCAUCCUGAUCGAGCGCUUGUGGUUGUGUUGCAGGCGGUGUUCUUGGAUAACAGGUGGUUUGUCAUGUCUUCAAGGCCUUAGCGACCGUUAUGCCACACUCACGACACCGGUGUCGAUAACAGCAAGUCCUUCUACUAGUUCCACUUGUCUUGUGAUGCUCUAAAUCAGAUAAGGGAGUGACCGGCGGCUCGCCUCUCCAUCCAAAUCUAUGAUCAGCUCGGUGUGUGUUUCGUCUUACCGCGGGCGCAAGUCGGGCAACAAACCUCCGUCCAAAUCAUGUCUGAAGGAAGAGAUGGCCAGGGCCGAAGACUCGGACAAGAUCAUCCUGAACGUGGGCGGCACGCGCCACGAGACGUACAAGAGCACGCUUAGGAGUAUCCCGGGCACGCGCCUCGCCUGGCUAGCCGAACCGGAAGCGCAGCUGGACGCCAACGCGGAAGCAGGACAAGCGCCCGGCACCAACGAGUUCUUCUUCGACAGGCACCCGGGCAUCUUUGCCUACGUGCUGAACUACUACCGGACCGGUAAGCUUCACUGCCCUGCGGACGUGUGCGGCCCUCUGUUCGAGGAGGAGCUCGCCUUCUGGGGCAUCGAUGAGACAGAUGUGGAGCCAUGCUGCUGGAUGACUUACCGGCAGCACCGCGACGCAGAGGAGGCGCUGGAUAUCUUUGAGCCGCCCGAUCCUGAGGAUGUCGACGACGAUCGGGAUGUACCGCGGCGCUUCGGUAUCGAGGACUGUCCCGAGCGCUCCAGAGGCUGCUUUGAAGUCUGGCAGCCCAAAAUCUGGGCUCUGUUCGAGGACCCGUACUCAUCCCGCGCCGCGAGGAUCGUUGCCUUUGUCUCUCUCUUUUUCAUUUUGGUGUCUAUCACCAACUUCUGCCUUGAGACACACGAGGCCUUCAAUGAACUCCAGAACCGUACCAAAGUGAUUUCUGAUGGCAACACUACCAAAGUGAUGUCCACUCUGGAGGUGGUGACGAACCCUGCACUCACGCUGGUGGAGGGCAUCUGUGUGGUGUGGUUUACGUUUGAGUUCCUGGUGCGCAUCAUCUGCUGUCCUGACAAGCUGCUCUUCAUCAAGAAUUUGCUGAAUAUCAUUGACUUUGUGGCCAUUCUGCCCUUCUACUUGGAGAUUAGUCUGAGUGGACUCUCCUCCAAAGCCGCCACAGAUGUGCUUGGAUUCUUGCGAGUGGUGCGUUUUGUGCGGAUCCUGCGGAUCUUCAAGCUGACCCGUCACUUUGUAGGGCUGAGAGUGCUUGGCCACACACUGCGUGCCAGUGUUAAUGAAUUCUGCCUCCUCAUCAUCUUUCUUGCUCUUGGUGUCCUAAUCUUUGCUACAAUGAUCUACUACGCAGAGCGCAUUGGAGGAGACUCUGAUGAUCCGUACACGAACAGUCACACUCAUUUCAAGAACAUUCCGAUCAGCUUCUGGUGGGCUGUGGUCACUAUGACCACACUGGGUUAUGGGGACAUGUAUCCUCAGACCUGGCUGGGUAUGAUGGUUGGUGCCCUGUGUGCAUUAGCAGGCGUUCUAACCAUUGCCAUGCCAGUCCCUGUUAUUGUUAAUAAUUUUGGGAUGUACUACUCCCUGGCCAUGGCAAAGCAGAAGCUGCCCAAGAAGAGGAAGCGCCACCACCGAAACCCAGACAUGGUGCUGGACUCAGCCUCAUUUGGAAAAUCUGAGACCAACUCGCACAGGAAUAGCACCCAAAGUGACACAUGCCCUCUUGCACCUGAGGAAAACAUUCCAAGGAACCGUUCAGACUCAAAGCAGAAUGGCGAUGCUAAUGUAGCUCUAUCAGAGGACGAGCCGCUCUCUCCCAGUGAGAGGUGGUCCCUCCGCCGCUCACACAAGCGUGACAAGUGCAAGAAAGAGGGUACCUCCUUCCUCCUGACUUCUGGAGACUUUUCCUGCAGCACUGAUCCCACUAGCUGUACAGAGAGCUGCAAAGACGCCCUUACAGCCGCAGCCAGCUACGGCCAGACAGAAGUGACUACGAUGACGUGAAGUGACAUGAUUAGAUGAACAGGAGAGAUCCUAUCCAUCAGAGAUCCUAUCCAUUUGUGUCUGUUGGACUUCAGUCUUUCAUCCAGCAGUCCCAGCCAUACACACUACACAAGUCCCCUUUCUCUAAAGUACAUCCCAGCAUGUCUUUGCAUGACCUCACUCUGUAUGGCGUAACUUGACAAGUGUACUUAAUAUUUUGGGCACAUCCCAACUUGUGUGUACUGUAUGUUGUCUUAUCUGAAGUAAUCACAUUGCGGAAAUCUUCAUUCUCAUGCAUUUUCUUUGAUCUGAAGACAUUUUGAAAUGUUCACAUGUUUGUGAGCAGCAACAUUUUGAGGGAUGAGGUGUAUAACUUCAGUGUCAUAUUUUCAAAAAUAGCAUAGUACAAUUGAUAGUCGCAUAAGGCAGGAAUCCAGGAGCCUGUGUUUGGCAAAUACUUCAUGAAAUCUUUGUAUUUAGUAGAUGUAGCUCUAUAAAUUCUCAACCUCUUCAUGAUACAAAUUGGGAGGUUGGAUUUGUUUUGACUAAAGAAUAACAUUUGGAACAGGUCUGUAUCUGAUUAGCAUCAUGCCAGAGCUUUGCUGUAGAGACAGCAAAACACCCUGGAACUAAAGAAGGUGCUUAUAGAAGGUGCUUUUGUUUCUGGGAAAAUUCUUAGUCACUUGAGUCACUUAGUCACAUUUGAGUAGCCAUUUCCAAGUUAUUUUGAUUCAAGACAUUUGUUCUCCUUUUAACAUGUUGAUUGGGAUUAUUUAUGGAUUAAAUAAAAUGCACCUUUAUUUUAAAAAGUAUCAUUUUAUGGAUAUAAACUAAAUGUCCAGCAUCCAAACAGUUUAUCACUUCAUUUUCUAUAUCCUUUUGUAAUGUCACUGGUUGAAAGGGGACCAAGCACCAUUACAGUGUGUGUGUGUGUGUGUGUGUGUGUGUGUGUAUGUGUGUGUGUGUAUACACCCUUGGUGGACUGCCUAAACCUCCUUUACUGUAUACGUGCUAUAUUCUGUUCUCGCUGUGCCUACUGUCAUGUAAAGAAGAAAAAAAAAUCAUAUUUUGACACAUGGACAGAAUAAUAUAAUAUAUAAAGUAUAGUCUCUAAAAUAGGUGAAAGAAGUCUUUUAGUCUUUUUUUCUUAUUAGUCUGCCAUAGUUGCCUUAUGUUUAUGAACCAAACAAAUGUUAGUUUUAUUUUAACAUACAACCCCACAUUUAAAUGAUAAAAAUACUGUUUGUAAAUAAAAGCACACUUGUAUGUAGCACAGUAUGUUAGGCCAUUGCGUAUAUUAUAGAGUUAGAAUAACCAUGCCACAAAUGCAUUAUAUCAUAUUAUGGUAACUGUGUAUAAAACAUAAACAGAGAUUAUUUUUUCUAUUGUAUUUAUGUUUUUUCGCUGCCUCCCCCAGUCACCUGUGUGUGUUUUGGGGAAAUGGCUUCUCGUAUAGAAUUGUAUGGUACCGUGCAGUAACUCUUAAUAAAACUGUAUGAUGUG